AUGCAACAUCCUUCAGUUAGGAUCUGGGAUAUUGCCGGAACCGACCAAACCUUAAAAAACGAAAAGAAAGCUAUCUCAGGCCGAAUUAACGACUUAGCAUGGGAUGCAGAUAGCCAGCGAAUCAUUGCCGUUGGUGACGGCAAAGAGAGAUUUGGUGUGGCCUUCAACGCUGAAUCAGGAAAUUCAACAGGUGACAUUACAGGCCAUUCAAAGGUACUCAAUGCAACAUCCAUACGCCACAAACGGCCGUUUCGUGCAGUUACCGCAGGAGAUGAUAAUACAAUCGUAUUCUAUACAGGCGUCCCCUUUAAGUAUGAUUCCAUUAUCAGUACACACACACGAUUCGUUCAGGAUGUCCAAUUCUCGCCUUCUGGAGAUGUAUUUGCCAGCGUUGGAUCCGAUAUGAAAGCGUUCUUGUAUAACGGUGAAACUGGAGAGACUCUGUCAGAAUUUGCAGGGGCGCACAAAGGCAGUAUUAUGGCAUGCGCUUGGAGUCCCGACUCUGCGAGUCUACUUACGUCCUCUAUGGAUCGUACCGUCAAGUUAUGGGACGUCGAAACCCACCAGUCCGUGACCACUUGGAAUUUGGGUUCUGGAGUUGAACAUCAACAAGUUGGCAAUACCUGGGCUGGGGACAAUCUCGGUCCCACCCACUCCAUUUCCUCCAUCGCAAGCCCAUCUCCAGGAACAUUCUUGACUGGGUCCAACGAUGGUCGAGUCAUCUCAUUCACUACUGCAGAAGGCGCGCGGCCUGUUGCAGGAGAGCCUCAUAAAAGUCAAGUUGUCGCACUUGCUCAUUCAAAUGAUAAGCUUUUCUCGACUGCAUUCGAUGAUAGUGUUCGAUCCAUCGACAUUGGAGAGAAUAAAUUCUCGGCAAUCGCUACCCCCACCAAUGGCCAGCCAAGGGGUAUUGCAACCUCAGGGUCUACUGUUUAUGUUGCUACUUUGAACGGUGUUCAGGUCCUGGAAAGCGGGAAAGAGAAGUAUAAGCUCCCCGUUAAUAAUCCUGUUACCGCGAUUGCAGUUUAUGGAAAAACUGUUGCAGCUGGGAGCGAAGACAAGUCAACAACACUUUAUGAAUGGGACGGAAGUGGACUUAAAGAGUUGGGGAAACUUACAUCGAACAGGGGGACGAUCACGGCGAUCGCAUUUUCUCCCGACGGGUCUCUCGUCGCCGUUGCAGACUCUGCUGGCAAGAUAUAUGUGUAUGACGUCGUGAAGAAAGAGGUCGCUAUUUCGAGUUGGGUUUUCCACAGUGCCCGCGUUUAUAGCCUUGCUUGGACGGCGGAUGGAAAGCAUUGCGCGUCGGGGUCCUUGGAUACGCACAUCUAUAUUUACUCCGUCGACUCGCCAAACAAGAAUGUUUCCACCAAGAACGCCCACGCAAACGGUGUCACAGGAGUUAUGUGGAUAGGAGAAGGGAUUUUGGCUAGUUCAGGAGCAGACGGUUGCGUGAGAACUUGGAAGGUUACGCCCCCAUCUUGA